AUGCGAGUGAUCGUAGCCGAGUCGAAGUGUGAUUGGCAAACCGCCAAGUCUUUACUGUCUCGCGUUGCGGGCGAAGAUGGCUUUUUUCUUCUCUUGACAUUGGAGUAUAGUCGAUUACGGCUAGAAUGGGAAACUUGUGAAGCAGAAGACCUUUUGGGGCAGAUGAAGACGAAAUACCCCCAUCCAAUCCUUAAGCAGGUGGAGCUUGACCACAAUUAUGAGGGUGCCAAAGUGACUGGCAACCCGCAAAGGAUCGGUCACCAUCAGGGGUUGCGUCGUGCCUACAAAAGGAAGUUCGGUUCUUUCUGGAAUGAACCCGAUGAUUUUCGCAAGGCGUUCCAGAUCAUGGCUGCAGAAAUGCGGCUUGCUCGUAACAAGGUGUGGUAUGCACACCCAGCUCGUGCUAGGAGAACAGAACUUCAGUCUCAUUCUCAACACGGCUCUAACUCUGGUUUGGAUUCUCGUGCUGGUCUUGGAUCAGAGACAGAAUCCCGAUCUCAAUCCCAAUCUCGACAUCAGCCUCAGCAAGUAGAUAUCGACCAGUAA